AAUUUCAACGAACUACGUCCAGUUCACAGAUGUGUGGACUGUGCUGUUGAAAUACUUCCUCUUGCCUUAUCCUUGGUUACAUAUAGCCAGGUUAUAUAUUUUUAGUUGGAUACUGGGCAAUCGGGAAGACAUCAUGACGUCGAUGAUGCACCAUAGCGUGGCGGCCAAGAACUACCGCAUGGAGACGGUGAAUCGCACAAUAAAGAUGCGUGCCCGUACCAAAAAGGAAAGGGAAUUGCAAUCGAUCCAAUCCCAAAUGGAAUCGAAGACCAAAGCCAAGCCGGAGCCGAAGGGCGAGGACACCGGCAAGCGGCAAUGUCCGCCGCGUAAGCAUCCGGAGCGCAAGACGCGAGAGGAGCGGACCAUCGAGAAGUUCCGCAACAUCGACUUCUUCGGGCAGCGGGACUCGAACAACAUACUGACCGUGCAGAAUCUGGAGUUUCCCGACGUCAACAUCAAGCGCACCGAGCUGCACAAGCGCGACGAGUGCGGCAAGGGCAUCAUCCGGGCCAGAGGACGCGACUUCGCCAGCUCGAGCAACUCCCACUUCCGCGAUGGCAUCGAGACGGUCAAGAUACGCAAGGGCGUGUGCUCCACCACGAGCACCGCACAGAAGGCGCAGAGCGACAGCGGUUCGUUGCGGGAGUCCUCCCAUGGAGAACCCGAUUCGGAAGAGCUGGUGGACUCCGUGCACACGCCCUCCACGCGUCCACCGCAUUUCAAGGGCGAGGAGUGGCGACGACCGUGCCCGGCCAGCUUUGUGGCCGGAGCACCGAGGCCGCGUAUCGGCAAGUGUCCGAAGGACUACGAGCAGCUGGCCAAACUGACGCCCGCCCGGCAGAAGUUCUUCCUCACGCAGGAUCCGCGCAAGACCCACUGCCUGGUCAAUCCGGUGGCGUUGCGCCACAAGCCGCUCACCAAGGAGCAGGAGUUCAGCCUGAUCAGCAAGCUGGUCAAGCACGGCGACAAUCUGUGCGCCAGCUCCGCAUCGGAGACGUCCGACACGCACAUCUGCGAGGUGAUCGACCUGCAGAAUCCGCUGCGCCUGGACUUUCACGGCAUGGACUACAAGACGACGUACGAGCAGGACGAGAUCGAGCAGCAGAACGCGCUGACCUUCUGGCGCGUCCAGCGCUACAUGGCGCGGCGCAAGGCGAAGAAGAACACCAAGGUGAAUGUGGAGGCGGAGCUGAAGGAGGAGCGCCUGGCGGUGCCGCUGCGCUUCAAUACAACGAUCAAGGACACGCCCGUGGAGACGCCAUCGCCGCCACCAUCGCCGCGACUGGUGCACCUGUACCGCAGUCCGGACAAGCCGGCCAACAAGCUGAAGAUCGAGGAGGAGGGCCGGCGCCGGGCCGCCCGCUACAAGGACAUCUAUCUGCGGAACAAGCAGCGGCAGGAGGAGCAGCUGCAGGAGCGGCGCAAGCAGGAGGCGGCCAUCAAGGAGAUCGAGGGUCGCACCGUCGCCGAGGCCGAUCUGCGCGCCGAUGUGGCGGUCAUCGAUGAUGCCAUCGAGCGCAGCUUCCGCAAGCACGUGGAGCUGAAGCCCAUCAUCCGGAAACGCAAGGUCUUUCCCAAGACGCUCACGGAAACGGAGCGUCUGAAGGCCAUCAUGCAUCGCGAGGAUUGUGUGCGGCGGGACAAGGCAAGGGUCACCCAGCAGUUCUAUCUGGAGCGCACGGGCAAGCACAAGUACAUGCCGGAUGCGGAGCAGCAGCUGGCCUGCGACGAGAGCAUCGAGGGCAGCGUCGGCUCCACGCCCAGCGAGCAGAGCAGCGACGACGAGGACUACCUGCAGGUGGGCAAGAUCGGCGACAAGUUCCAGCUGCGUGGCUUCCACUUCAAGCACGGCGACGGGCUGCGCGGCAAGCUGCAUCGCCACCAAAUCAUGCAGGGCCAGCGGACGGUGAAGGGUUGCCUCACGCGCGAGGAUUGGCUCAACCAGCUGGUGCCGCACAAGGAGCCCAUCAAGCUGGACGUGGAGCGCGGCAUCAUCAAGGUUCUUGACCCCGAUGACCCCAACCUGGACCUCUUCCCGCCGGAGCCCCUGCUGGUGCGAAGGCGGGAACGGCAAAGCGCGGUCAGGGAAUUCGUGAAUCAGAAGCUGGGACUCCACUACCACCGGCGGCUGCGCAAGAACCUGAAGAUUGUCAAACCGAAGCCGGCGUACAACGUGAGGAAGUUCAAUCUCAUCCGGUAUGUGUUUCCCGAGAAGGUGCUUGUGCCGGACGAUCGCGUUCCGGUGGAGGAAAUGGAGGUGCUCGACGCCACCAAGGUGAACACCACGCUGGAGUACCUGGAUAUGAAGCAGCAGCUGGCCAAGUCCAAGCGGCAGAAGAAGAAACUCGCCCGGAUGCAGUUGCUCGGCCUGCCGUGCAUCGAGAAGGAACAGCUGCGAGCGGCAGAUCCCUGCCUGGAGGUGGAGGAGGAACUGGACGUGGACUGGGUGCCCACACCAGAGCCUGCAUACAACGAGGGCGAGGGACAGCAGCGUCAGGAGGGCGGAUGCGACCGACCACCAAAAGGACCAUCGCCAGCCACUCAAUUCCUGGUCCCAGGAUGCGCUCGCAAUGCCGCAUGCUCUGCCAGUUCCUUGAAAGCCGGAACUUCUGGGCAGGAUGCCACCGCCAUGGGACGUUUUGCUGCCGGCAAGGAGUCCCAGCCGGCACGAUGGCGCGGAAAUAUGCCCGCGCCCAAGGAGCGGGAGAAGACGCUGACGAUUCAUCCGCGACGGAAACGCGAUUACGCCGCAGAGCGAGUUCCGUCGGCGGUUUUCAACGAGGUGCUGCAGAACUCCGCGCUGCCGCUCCUGGAGCAACCGGAGCCGGAGAAGCUGCGCUUUGCCAAUGUGCGGACGAAGAAGCGCCCGUACACGGACAUCUUCGAGGCCAGACACCACCACGAUCACUGGGCGCCCACCCAAGUGAAGAACGUGCACGUUCAGUAUCAGCCGAAGACCGUAAUGCCGGAGAUAACGAAGGUGGAGAAGAAGGUGCCGCAGCCGGUGGUGAAAUUUGCCCGCGCCAAGCCGCCCAGCAGCAAGUACGUCAACAUGGACCUGACCAUGCCCAGCUACGACUUCAAUCAGAUGAUAACCCAGCACCUGGCCGCCACCCGGACCGACAACAAGGAGGCUGCCGGCGAAGUGGUGCCCGACCUGUGCCAGCCAUACGACUUCGUCUUCCACUCGCGCGAUCCCGAGGAGCUGGCCAAACUGGACUUCCCCGGUCGCAAACAGUAUCUGGACUUGCUGCGCGAGACGCGCGAGGCCAUUUACGAGACCAAGGACAUCGAGCCCGGCGAGGAGCGCCUGCUGGUGGAUCGCAAGGCGGUGGUCGCCGAGCUGGAGGAGGAUCUGAAGAGCAUCGAGAACUGUCUCAGCUCGCUGACCAGCUCCGAGUGCACCGAUCUGUCCAACGACAGCGGCAGCUACAUGGUCAUCGAGGACAAGACCAAGCUGCCCCUCGACUACAUCCGGAAGCCACUGGUGCCCUUCGAGGAGAUGCGGCGCGCACGCUUCCAUGCCGCGGUGAUUGACGUGAAUGCCGAGGAGGAGGAUCCCUACCGCAUGCUGCCCUUUUCGGGGCAGCACAAGGAGCAGGCCGACAUGCUGGGGCCCAAGGACACCUUCUUCACCUUCAGCACCCGGCUGCGAAACAGCCUGCGCCUGCGGCUGGAAGUGGAAGUGCCGGAUGUGCGUAAGACGCUGCUCGGUCCCGGAAGCCGCAAGUACUACGGCGCGGUGAUCACCGAUCUGGACGAGAACUACAUUGAGGAGCUGAAGAGUCGCGCCACCAUCAAGUCGUUCAAGUUCAAGACCAGCAUCCAGUUGCUCAAGGACGCCAUGCGGCUGAAGUACGAGUCCCUGCUGAUCCAGGGCCAGAUGGUGCGCACCAAGAUCUACGAUCGCAUGAACGAGCGCCACUGGGUGGACAUGAAGAACACCAAGAAUCUCUACGAGGCACUCUUCGCCAAGUGGAAGAAGAAGGAGUACAACGCCGCCAUGACGAUGGUGUACCAGGUGAAGUCGUACUACGAGACCACCGACAAGCUCAAGCAGGAGUACCGCGACCUGGAGCGCGAGCUGAUGAUGCUCAACAUGGAUAUUGUGUUCAUCGAGGGCCACUGGAUCCGCUGCAUCAUGCUGCAGAACUUCCACUACCUGAUGGGCGACCAGGACUGGCGCGCAGAGCACGACUGGAUACACCUGGUGCCCAAAGAAACGCGCAAGGGCAGUGCCAAGAGCGAUGCCGACGACGAGCAGGCGGCGGCGGAGGAGGUGGACGAGGAGGACCUGGAACUGGAGCCGUAUGACGUGUCCAUUGCGAAGCGCGGCAUAGUCAACAUUCGGGUUCGCGACAAGGACGAUGCCUGGGCCAUCCGCGCCUUCUACUACGACGUCUACAUGCAGAAGAUCCACCCCAUCCUGCAGGUCUUCCCCGACGCCGAGUCCUUUCUGCAGGGUCUCGAUAGCCUCAAGACCAAGACCUUCAUGCUGCUCCUGGAGAUGCACUUUACGUUGUCCAUUCACACCGAGCUGCAGGGCCGACUGGAGACCUUCGUCGACUGGUGCACCAAGGAUCUGAGGGAGAAACAGGAGUACGUGGCCCGCAAGUCCGCCAAGAAGUUCUUCAUGGAGGACCGUGCCCGCGAGAUGGAGCAGCGAGUCCACCAGUACCUCGGCCGACCCAUCGAGGAGACGAUAGCGGACGAGGACUUCAACAAGCACCGCGCCGUGCUGGCCGAGGUGUGGCGCCGCGUGAUUCCGGACUCGGUGCGCGGCACCAGCGACGUGCUGCCCAGCGCCGCUGACAUGGUGGCCGCCAUCAGCGACGUGGUCAUGGAGAUACUCUCCAAGUUCGAGCACAUGGACAUCGAGAAGGUGCGGUCCGUGGAGGCCACGCUGCGCAAGCGACGCCGCUACCGGGAGAAGCUCUCCUACCAGGCCUACCAGGUGGAGCGGCGCAUCGACAUGGAGAUGAAGAAGGUGCGCCGCAACCUGGAGCCGCCCUACCAGAAGCCCAAGCGCGAGGGUCGCCUGCCAAGGCUGUACCUCAAGAAGAAGAUCAUUCCCGAGGAGAAGGAGGUGCUGGUGAUAUCCGAGAACACCAAGAACUUUGUGCGUGCCUUCCGCGAGGAUGGCUACACCGGCGACCAGAUCACCCACACCUCGCUGCUCACCGUGGACAACAUGCAGGAGCAGAUCGUGCCCUUCUACUUCGAUCACUUCCUCAAAAUCAACGGCUACACGCCCAACUACAACUUCAGGACCAACGUGGAUAUGCGCGACGGGCCCGAGUUCAAUCGCCUCAAGGUGCGCGAGGUAAUCCCAGAUGUGCUGGCCAGGCUGGAGGUUUGGGAGGCGAUGCACAAGAAGAUCAUGGAGGAGAACAUCCAGCGCAACCCCAAGAUGUACGAGAACGUGAUUUAGCAACAGCAUAACUUAUUUUCUAACGCAUUCAUUGGAUUAAAUUUCAAGUUCACUAUCAAAAUCGUUCGAGCUAUUUUCUUAUGAUACAAUACAACGACUUAGAGAACUACAAAUUGCAGAAAUUGUAUACAAA